AUGGAGGAAGAAGAAGCUUCCACCAGUUCUGCAACACCGCCAAAGAAAAUAAGACGAAUGUGCCAUUAUAAUAAAGACUGGGAAAAUAAAUAUUCUUGGAUAACUAAAGCCAACGUCGACACUAGAGCUUACUGUAAAAUUUGUAGAAAUGAAUUUGCUGUGGCUGAAGGUUUGAAGGGGGUGAACCAGCAUGCCUCUAUAAAAAAGCAUAAAGAGGCGGAAAGUGCGCAAGCCAAGUCCCAAAGAAUGGACUCUUUCUUUACGCCUAAAGGAAGCGCACAGAGUGAAAAAUAUAAAAUGGACAAAAGAUUGAUUACAAACAUACAAGUAUGUUAG